AUGGUGGGGUUGGCGAAGCCUCGGCGUAAUUUUCGACAAGUCUUUCAAUCAGAUACGGGCGUUGGAAACAUUUCUGCAGCUGAUGACAGUACGGCUGAAGCCCUUAAAAUAGAGGCUGUCAUUUCAAGCUCCACUGAUUUUACCGGCGCCAAAACCAUAACACUGCCUGCUUCGGACUUUUCUGUGAUUCUCGUCCUACGACGCAUUUUACGGCAAGCAGGUGAAAACGGCCUUCAUGUUGCCCUUGUAAUCAAACAAAUCAUUGAGUUUCCAUACAACGUCCAAAAACUUGUCGGUCUUACUCGAUUUGAGUUGCAUUCUUUUGUUACAAAGUACAGGGAGUUUUUUGACAUCCUGCCAUUGCUGAUUGAUGAAAGUCCGUCGAAUGCACAAGACAAACAGGUCGAUUUAAAGACUUCCUACAAAAUCCCCAAGAGCUUUUGCCUUCGAAUAAAUGCAGACGCCUUGCAUAUGCGCUCACGCAUACUGGAUCAUUCAUCCGGCCGAGGCGGGAACGGGAAGGAUGCUUCAAGACUAAAACAGCACGUUGGUCGCGUCUUUCGUGUGGCCAAGUCCUGGGGGAUCAUUGAUCUUGGCAACCACGUUCAUGUCUUCUUUGACAAGUCUAUUUUCCGGAAUGUUUCCGAUCUACAAAAAGUCUUUCAAGUAAGCCUCAUCUCGCCUCUGUACUUAUAA